AGACAAAAAUUCGCACUGCACUUCCACUAGCUUUUGCUUUUGAAAAAGAAACUUUAAUAAAGUUUGAUCGUCCUAAAAGCUAGUCAUUUCCUAAUAAUUUGAAACUAAAAUAAAAUGUCCAACAUAGUCCAAUACAUAAUAGUUCGCAGUGAUUUAAAAUCAGUUCUAAAUUGGCCAUUAGGAGCUAUCAUUGCUCAAUGUUGUCAUGCCACUGCAGCUAUAAUGCAUUUAAAUCAAGAAGAUUCCGACACUAUAGCAUACCUCAAGGAUCUUGACAAUAUGCAUAAAGUUGUCCUCGAAAUCAAAGAUGAAGAUAGCAUAAAAGCUUUGAGUGAAAAGCUGAAAGAAAACGAUAUCAAUCAUAAACUAUGGAUUGAACAGCCAGAAAAUAUUCCAACCUGCAUUGCUGUGAAACCAUAUCCAAAAGAAAAUGUACACAAAUAUUUAAAAGGACUGAAACUAAUGAAAUAAUUGAUUGAUUUAUGCUGGGUCCUGUCUGUCUUGACUUUAUACUCACUUUAUUUUUAAAUUAAAACCAAUUUUCUAACGAAAA